AUGGCUUCUGAAUAUCAAUCAUCCAAUGCUUCGGAUCCGUACAAGCACCUCAAUGUCACUCUAAACCCGGAUGGUACUUUGACCCGACACAUCUCCUUUCCAUCCUCAACCGCCGAACCCCAACUCACCACCGAUUCCCAACUCACACUCUCUAAAGACAUCCCACUCAACCCCACCACCGCCACCUUCCUCCGCCUCUACCGCCCCGUCUCUCCGCCCACCCAAAAACUCCCUAUCAUCAUCUACUUCCAUCCCGGCGGCUUCGUAGUCGUUAGCGCCACCACUGGUCCCAUGCACCUUAUCUGCUCCGAAAUAUCAGCUCAGACUCCUGCGCUCGUUAUAAACGUCGAAUACCGUCUAGGCCCCGAACACCGUCUCCCGGCGGCGUAUGACGACGGGGUUGACACAAUCCGGUGGGUGCGUGACCAGGCAUUAGGAACCGGACUCGACGCUCCGGAGGAGUGGUUGACCGAAUUCGCUGACUUUUCUAGAGUCUACCUAAUGGGUUCUAGUGCCGGAGGAAAUCUAAUCUUCAACGCGGGUUUACGUGUACUUGAUCUUGAUCUUGAUCCAGUUAAGAUCAUGGGGCUCAUCAUCGACCAAGCUUUUUUUGGUGGGAUCGAGCGCACUGAAGCAGAACUUCGACUAGUAAAUGACUAUAUUCUCCCUUUAACCGCAUCGGAUCUUUUAUGGUCUUUGGCGUUGCCUUUAGGAGCUGAUAGAGAUCACGAAUACUGUAAUCCUUUGGCAGAUCGACACGUGUCAUACAAAGAGAAGAUCGGACGGCUUCCGAAGAGUUUGAUCAGGGUGAAUGGUGAGGAUCCAAUGGCUGAUAGACAAAAAGCUUUUGCUAAUAUGUUGGAAUCACAUGGUGUGCACGUGACAAGAAAGUUUUAUGAUGAAGGAAACCAUUGUGUCGAGAUGUUUGAUCCAAAAAAGGCACAAAUCUUCUAUAAUGAUGUCAAGAAUUUCUCACCAGCCGAACCCCAACUCACCACCGAUUCACAAGUCACACUUUUUAAAGAUAUCCCACUCAACCCCACCACCACCUUCCUCCGCCUCUACCGCCCUGUCUCUCCGCCAACCCAAAAACUCUCAAUUAUUAUCUACUUCCACCCCGGCGGCUUCGUAUUCGUUAGCGCCACCUCUACUCCCAUCCACCAUACAUGCUCCCAUCUAUCCGCUCAUUCUCCGGCUAUCGUUAUAAGCGUCGAAUACCGUCUUGCCUCCGAACACCGCCUCGCGGCGGCGUAUGACGACGGGGUUGAAGCAAUCUCGUGGGUGCGUGACCAGGCAUUAGUAACCGGAAUCGACAAUCCCGAUGAGUGGUUGACCGAACUGGCUGACUUUUCUAAAGUCUACGUAAUGGGUGCUAGUGCAGAGGAAAUCUAA